UUUCUUGGUCCAAAUUCCAAACAAAACCUCUCAAAAACCUCCAUUUUCAUCUCUGUUAUCUUCUCCAAAGCCUCAAACUUUCCAAUGCCACACUGAAUUCCCAAACACCCAUCACCUUCAUUUCAAUGGCUUCUUUCCUCUCCACCCCUCAACCCAUUCCCACACCCUUCCUCACCAAACUCACCUCUUCCCCAAAACCAUGGAAGAACUUCUUCAUCCUCAACCACCCUCUUCACCGCAAAACCUUCAAAAACCUACCACCCUUCCCACCUCUCAAUGCAGUCCACACUCAACGACUCUAUGCCCCUCCUCCCCCCUCCAAAAUCGACCCUGAAAACGACCCUAUUGCGGUCCUCAACGACAGGAUUCGUCGCGAGUAUAGCGAAAGGAAGGUUUCCAGGACGGUUAUGGACGCUAAAGAAGCUGAUAAGUAUAUACAAAUGGUUAAGGAGCAACAGCAGAGGGGGCUUCAGAAGCUUAAGGGUGAUAGAGAGGCUAAAGAUGGUACCAUUAGUUAUAAGGUGGACCCUUAUACUCUUCGGUCUGGGGACUAUGUUGUGCAUAAGAAAGUUGGUAUUGGGAGGUUUGUUGGGAUUAAAUUGGAUGUUUCGAAGAAUUCGACUGAACAUAUUGAGUAUGUUUUCAUUGAGUAUGCUGAUGGAAUGGCUAAGCUUCCUGCUAAACAAGCUUCUAAAAUGCUAUAUAGAUAUUGUCUUCCAAAUGAAAGCAAAAAGCCUAGGACAUUGAGCAAGUUGAAUGAUAUUAGUGCAUGGGAGAAAAGAAAGAUUAAAGGGAAGGUUGCCAUACAGAAAAUGGUUGUUGACUUGAUGGAACUCUAUCUGCAUAGGCUUAGACAAAGAAGGCCUCCUUAUCCCAGAAGUCCCGCUGUGGCUGAAUUCGCAGCAAAAUUUGCUUAUGAACCUACGCCGGAUCAGAAACAGGCUUUUAUUGAUGUUGAAAAUGAUUUGACAAAGCGAGAGACUCCAAUGGACAGAUUAAUAUGUGGAGAUGUUGGUUUUGGUAAAACCGAGGUCGCGCUGCGUGCUAUCCACUGUGUUAUUGCAGCUAAAAAACAAGCAAUGGUUCUUGCACCGACAAUAGUUCUAGCAAAGCAACAUUUUGAUACUAUUUCAGAGCGAUUUUCUGUAUAUCCUGAUAUCAAAGUUGGACUACUAAGCAGGUUUCAGACCAAAUCAGAGAAGGAAACGUACUUGGAAAGGAUUAAGAAUGGUGACCUAGAUAUUAUUGUUGGAACUCACGCACUCCUUGGAAACCGUGUUGUUUAUAGCAAUCUUGGCCUGCUUGUGGUUGAUGAGGAACAGAGGUUUGGUGUCAAACAGAAGGAGAGGAUUGCUUCUUUUAAAACUUCCGUCGACGUACUUACUUUAUCUGCAACUCCUAUUCCACGGACUCUUUAUUUAGCGCUGACAGGAUUUCGUGAUGCUAGUUUAAUUUCAACUCCACCGCCAGAAAGAGUUCCUAUAAAGACUCAACUUUCUUCAUUCAGUAAGGAAAACGCAAUAUCAGCCAUCAAGUAUGAGCUGGACCGUGGUGGUCAAGUUUUUUAUGUUCUUCCACGUAUUAAAGGACUUGAUGAAGCAAUGGAGUUUCUUCAAGAGGCAUUCCCCGAUGUGGAAAUAGCCGUUGCCCAUGGGAAGCAAUACUCGAAGCAAUUAGAGGAUACGAUGGAGAAGUUUGCUCUAGGUGAAAUAAAAAUCCUUAUCAGCACAAAUAUAGUUGAAAGUGGGCUUGAUAUUCAAAAUGCAAACACUAUCAUCAUUCAGGAUGUUCAACAAUUUGGUCUUGCGCAGUUGUAUCAGUUGCGUGGAAGGGUUGGGCGAGCAGACAAGGAAGCAUACGCAUACUUAUUUUAUCCUGAUAAGAAGCUGCUCUCUGAACAAGCAUUGGAGAGACUUGUAGCCCUUGAAGAAUGUCGUGAACUUGGUCAAGGCUUCCAACUAGCUGAGAGAGACAUGGGUAUAAGAGGUUUUGGUACUAUUUUCGGGGAGCAACAAACAGGAGAUAUUGGAAAUGUCGGCAUUGAUCUUUUCUUUGAGAUGCUCUUUGAGAGUUUAUCCAAGGUUGAAGAUCACCGUGUUGUAUCAGUUCCUUAUCACUCAGUGCAGGUUGACUUAAAUAUCAAUCCGCACCUUCCUUCUGAAUACAUAAAUCAUCUCGAGAACCCUAUGGAAAUAAUAAACGAGGCCGAGCAAGUUGCUGAGAAAGACAUCUGGAGUCUGAUGCAAUUUACCGAGAAUUUGCGCCGCCAAUAUGGCAAAGAGCCUCAACCCAUGGAGGUGAUCUUAAAGAUGCUUUAUUUGAGGAGAAUGGCAGCUGAUAUCGGGGUAACCAAAAUUUACUCUUCAGGGAAGACAGUGUGUAUGAAAACAAACAUGACUAAAACGAUUUUCAAGAUGAUGACAGAAUCUAUGACAUCGGAUCUAUAUAAAGAUUCAUUGGUUUUUGAAGGGAACCAAAUUAAGGCUGAACUUCUACUAGAGCUACCGAAAGAACAACUUCUUAAUUGGACCUUUAAUUGCAUGGCUGAACUUCAUGCUUCACUAGCUUCCCUCAUAAAGUACUAGUUUCUUCACCCGUUCGAUCCUACCGACAUGUAAGUUGGAUACUUAACUCAUUGCAUACAUCAUAUUUUACAAACAUGGAGCGGAUUUACUAUGUUUACCGGCCGCAAACUAAUCAUGGUAGACACAACAAGAUUUGUAUCGCGUGAUUGUCUUUGCAGUGCAAGACAUCUGGACAAGUUGAGACAAUCAGAGCAGAGCCAUAGUAUGGUCCUUACAAGCUGCAAGCUCGUUGGUUUUGUCAAAAUCGUGCUUCUGGUUUUCGUGCAUUAUACAGGACAUGGACGGGAAAUACAAGAAGGCGAAUAGUUAUCGAGUAUCGACUUGAUUAGCUUAAAUCUUGCCUCAUAAAUCAACUUCACUUUCAAGAGUUACAUUAUAAUGGCCUAAAAUUCUUAUCCAGUAAAACUUUAACCAAAAUGUCCAUAAUUUACCUUUUGUAUAUGUCAAGGAGUAGAGCAUUCUAUUACCACAUUUUUGUUGUCUUUAAUUUCAUUAGUUAUCUGAUAUAGAGAAAUUUAAUGUAAAGAUUUGGAGCAUUGAUGAAUGGUGCAUUUUUGUAGCA